AUGCCUAGAGAACGACGUGCGAACAUCGGCCGCCGCACAAGACAUGCAAGCCAGCAACAAGUCUAUUCAAGGAACUUAAGAGAAGAAAGACAAAAUAUAAUAAGAGAAAAUGACCGAUUGAGACAUCGCGUGAGCACACGAAGAUCAUUGGCAUCAUACAAUCGCUUGGCAUUCCAAUAUGAUCCCACUGCGAACUACAGUGAUGAUGAAAAUUUGGAUAUUGGACGAAUGACGACUAUAUGCCGAUAUUGCAAUGCGGUAAAGUUCAAAAGAGAAACGGUUGGAUUGUGCUGCGCAAGUGGAAAAGUCAAACUGGAUCCAUUACUUACACCACCACAGCCACUGAAAACAUUGUUUGAUGGAAGUGAUCCCGAUUCCAGCCAUUUUCUUCAACACAUCCUUGAAUACAAUAACUGCUUUCGCAUGACUUCCUUUGGAGCUAAUAUCAUUCGAGAAGGCGGCUUCAGGCCGACUUGCAAGAUACAAGGUCAAAUAUAUCAUUUGCAUGGUUCAAUGGUGCCAACACCAGAUGAACCGCAUCAAUUUCUGCAAAUAUAUUUCAUUUCGUCGAUGGUGGAUCAGCUGAACGUGCGGUGCAAUAUACAGGGAGCACAACAGUUAAAGAGACGAAUUAUUGAACAGUUGCAAGCAUUUUUUCACGCUAAUAAUUCUGUGGUUAAUAUGUUCAAAACAGCAUUGGAACGAAUGCCAUCGGAUACGCACAAAUUUGUCAUAAGAGCGGAUUGUACUCCGACAGGUGAACAUGUGCGAAGAUUCAAUGCACCCACCGUUAAUGAUGUUGCUGCAAUUAUUGUUGGCGAUCCAACUAAAUCACGAGACAUUGUCGUUCAGCGAAGAAGCAAUAUCAUGCAUCGUGUAAACGAGACACAUCGUUUGUACGAUGCGUUACAAUAUCCAAUCAUUUAUUGGCAAGGGCAAGACGGAUACGACAUCACGUUGAAGAUGGUCGAUCCAAUUACAGGAGUAUCAACGAAUAAUAAAAAUCUAAGCGCAAUGAAUUACUAUGCGUAUCGUAUGAUGAUUCGUACACAUGAGGAGAAUGUCAUUCUGAAGUGCGGUCGGCUAUUCCAGCAAUUCGCUGUUGACAUGUAUGUCAAAGUCGAGACCGAACGUUUAGCGUUCAUCAGAUUCAAUCAGCCAAAGCUACGAUCUGAGGACUAUAUACACUUGCGUGAUGCUAUUCAUUCAGAUGGUGAUGUUCAGAAUAUUGGACGACUGACGAUUCUCCCAUCAACUUAUAUCGGAAGCCCACGCCACAUGCACGAAUACGCUCAAGACGCUAUGACGUACGUGCGAAAUUAUGGAACUCCGGAUUUAUUUAUUACGGUCACAUGCAAUCCGAAGUGGACGGAAAUUGAACGCGAGUUGGAACCGGGUCAAAAACCGCAAGAUCGCCAUGACAUAAUCGCCAGAGUAUUUCAGCAAAAACUCAAGGUUAUGAUGGAUGUGCUUACUAAGUAUCGAGUUUUUGGUGACACACGUUGUUAUAUGUACUCGGUGGAAUGGCAGAAGCGUGGACUACCGCAUGCUCAUAUCCUAAUUUGGUUGCUGAACAAAUUACAUUCAAAUGAAGUGGAUGACAUCAUAUCAGCUGAAAUUCCUGAUCCAGUCACUGAUCCCCGUCUACACGACAUUGUGACGACACAGAUGGUGCAUGGACCGUGCGGUGCAUUAAAUCCAUUAUCGCCUUGCAUGGCUGAUGGAAAGUGCACAAAACGAUAUCCGCGACCGUUAGUUGCUGAAACAGUCACAGGGAACGAUGGAUAUCCAGUUUAUCGUCGGCGUUCAAAAGAAGAUAACGGUCGAACUAUCAAAGUUAAAGUUCAAAAUCAAGAGAUUGAGAUCGGAAAUGAAUUCAUUGUACCAUAUUGCCCGCUGCUAUCACGAAUUUUCGAAACACAUGCAAACGUUGAGAGUUGUCAUUCGGCCAAAUCAAUCAAAUAUUUGUGCAAGUACGUCACAAAAGGCAGCGACAUGGCUGUGUUUGGUAUUGCGUCGGAAAAUGUGAAUGACGAAAUCAGCAACUUCCAAAUGGGCAGAUACGUCAGUACUAAUGAAGCACUGUGGCGAUUAUUGUCAUUUCAAAUUCAUGAAAGAUAUCCCACAGUUGUACAUUUAGCAGUGCAUUUGGAAAAUGGCCAAAGAGUUUACUUCACUGAGGCUAAUGCGGCACAACGAGCUGAGAGACCACCAUCGACAACAUUGACUAGCUUCUUUGCAAUGUGUGAAGCAGAUCCAUUCGCAGCGACGCUGAUGUACGUUGAAAUGCCCAAGUAUUACACUUGGAAUCAAUCAACAAAGAAAUUCCAACGUCGCAAACAAGGAACCCCAGUUCCAGACUGGCCACAGGUGUUUUCAACUGAUGCACUAGGUCGUAUGUACACUGUUCAUCCUAGAAACGAUGAAUGUUUUUAUUUGCGACUGCUGUUAGUAAAUGUACGUGGACCGAAAUCAUUUGCGCAUUUGAAAACUGUGAAUGGCCACCAAUGCCAAACAUAUCGAGAAGCAUGUCAACUAUUGGGUUUGCUGGAGAACGAUUCUCAUUGGGAUUUAACACUUGCAGAUUCAGUUGUUUCAUCAAAUGCGUACCAAAUACGAACGCUGUUCGCAAUUAUCAUCACCACAUGUUUUCCUUCACAACCAAUUCAGUUAUGGAACAAAUACAAAGACGCCAUAUGUGAAGAUAUCUUGCAUCGCUUGCGUAUUCAAACGAAUAAUCCUGACAUCCAAAUAACCGAUGAAAUCUACAAUGAAGGAUUGAUUCUGAUUGAGGAUCAAUGCUUGACUAUUGCAAACAAGCUACUGAUUGAAGUAGGAAUGAUUGCGCCAAAUCGAUCGAUGCACGAUGCAUUCAACCAAGAAUUAAACCGAGAGCUGCAAUACAAUGUUGAUACAUUGCAGGAAUUCGUUAGAAAUAAUGUUCCGUUGCUGAAUGAACAGCAAAAACAAGUAUACAAAACAUUAAUGCAAGCGGUGGACAAUAAUACUGGUGGUCUAUUCUUCCUGGAUGCACCUGGAGGAACAGGGAAAACAUUUGUCAUUUCAUUGAUUUUGGCCACUAUUCGAUCAAGAUGUGACAUAGCUUUGGCGUUAGCAUCAUCUGGAAUUGCGGCGACUCUUCUAGAUGGCGGUCGUACUGCACAUUCUGCGCUUAAGUUGCCACUCAAUUUAAACACAAUUGAUACUCCAACGUGCAAUAUUUCCCGAUCCAGUGCAAUUGGAAAAUUGUUAAUGCAAUGCAAGCUCAUUGUUUGGGAUGAGAUCUUCGGAGGAAUAACAACAUCUUUGGCGGCUUGA